AUGGCUCCCACAUUGUUUGCGCGUGAUGACUCCGGAGCUAAGCACUGGAAUGGUUCAUGGAAACAUGACCUGCCUAUUGACGGUUAUGUGUUGGAGUCAUGGAGCCAGGGUUUCCUCGUCGGUGCUCUGGUCAUGAUGAUCGGUAUAACGAUCGCGAACAUGACAAAGGUCCUUCUUCACAAACUCAUUCUUGUCGAACUCAUGCUUGCCAUCUUUCAUGGAACCUUCUGUUUCAUGAAUUUCGCGGGAUAUGGAUGGUAUCUAUCCUCGACUGCAACGUUGCUCUACUCUUCGCUUUACUUGCACGACAUCAUCGCAUGGAUUAAGAUUAAGCCUUUUCUCUCGCCAAAAUAUAGCAUGGCAUUCAUCAUCUCAUUCCUGCUCACCACCCCUUACUGGAUUCUGGAAACUUACAGCAACUUUGCGUUUUUCAAUAAUGAGCAUCCUCUGUUCCUAAAAACGCGUCCACUUGAGAUACUCUUCCGUUUACGUAGCGAUCCCUGGUGGGUCUUCACCGCCAUCAAUCUUCUCUACAAUAUCAAAAAGCGAUACAACUUUGGCUUCGUGCAACUCUUCAAACUCAGCCCACGUUUCGCAGUGGUCCUUGCCUCUAUGUUCAUAUCGAUCGUGUUUUGCGUUGUAGAUGUCCUAUACGCUACUAUAGGUUUUGGCGCUAUCGUCGGCAUCAAUCCAUACUGGAAGUUCUCGCUCGUAUUCAAAUGCUUCUGCGACAUUAUCAUCCUUGACGACUUCCGAUCAGCCUUGGAAAAGAUACGACAUGCAGCAAUGCGUCGCGCCAGCGAGGACCAGACUCAGAUGGCCUACAUUAGUGGUGGUCAGAAGCCAUAUCGUGGGAAACGCAGCAUGUCAAACCCCCUCGGGAACCACGUCAGCAUCAAGAGCGCGGCCAACACUUAUCCGAAACAUCAGCCUCAGGACACUAGAGAAAUGAGGGGAUCGGAUUCGAGUGGAAAGCCUCUUCAUAUCAGAAUCGACACUGAAGAUAAAGAUAAGAUCUACAUUCAGACGGAUCUUACCACGAGUCUUGAUAGUCGCCAGUCUUGA